AUGCACGCCCCGCCGCCCCGCGCGCCCCCGCCGGCUGCUCGCGCCGCCCCGGACGCCCGCCCCUCGGCCCGGGGUCCCGGCGCUGUGGGCCGCGGUGGCUACGCCAGCAGCUGGCACCAUCACCUGGUGCGGAGGAGCCUCGUGCUCUUCUCGGUCGGGGUCGUCCUCGCUCUCGUGCUCAACCUGCUGCAGAUCCAGAGGAACGUCACCCUCUUCCCCGAGGAGGUGAUCGCCACCAUCUUCUCCUCUGCCUGGUGGGUCCCCCCCUGCUGCGGGACAGCGGCCGCUAUUGUCGGCUUGCUGUACCCCUGUAUUGACAGUCACCUUGGAGAGCCCCACAAGUUUAAGAGAGAGUGGGCCAGUGUCAUGCGCUGCAUAGCAGUGUUUGUUGGCAUUAACCACGCCAGUGCUAAAUUGGAUUUUGCCAAUAAUGUUCAGCUGUCCUUGACUUUAGCAGCCCUUUCUUUGGGCCUUUGGUGGACAUUUGAUCGUUCAAGAAGUGGCCUUGGGCUUGGGAUCACCAUAGCUUUUCUUGCUACUCUGAUCACUCAGUUUCUCGUGUAUAAUGGUGUCUAUCAAUAUACAUCCCCAGAUUUUCUCUAUAUUCGUUCGUGGCUCCCAUGUAUAUUUUUCUCAGGAGGUGUCACAGUGGGAAACAUAGGACGACAGUUAGCUAUGGGUGUUCCUGAAAAGCCACAUAGCGAUUGAGUCUUCAGAAAGCAAGAUUUGGGAAGAAAAUCUGUGAUAGUGGAUUGUGGCAAAGAUUAUCUUUUUCCUACAUAAUCUAUUUAGAUUGGGCUAACUGUACAAAUGACUCCUGGGAAAAAUAUUCUCCUGGUCUAGAAUAGCGAAGUGGAGAAAUGACUACUUAUCUUGAAGUCCUGCCUUGACUGAUGCCCUCACGCCUGUCUGCACCCUGGAACGUUCCUUCUCAGGCUGUGUGUGAGACUUCAGGCAGUUGGCAGUUUCCUAAGUGUUAGGUUUCAUUCAUGUUAUUAAAAAUGAGUUGCCAUAUUUCAAAGCCUUGAACUAAACUUAAUCACCAUCUCUCAGAUUUGUAUCAGUAGUGCCCAAAGGAGAUAGGUUGAUGGUGCUUAACAGAGAUGAAGUGCAGUGUAAUAGGAAUAAUAUUUAUCCAAAAGAUUUUUUUUAAAUAGGGUUGUGUAAAAAAGAGAAAGAAAAGAGGCAGCGGCGGGGAGUGUGAGGAGGCCACGCUCCCGUUACGCUGCCGUGGCCGGUCCCACACGUGUGCGCCACCAGUGAGUGAGCUGUGCUUUCUCUUCCACCCGCGGGACCUCAUGCAGACAAUCUCACUGUGAGAGCAAGAGGCAGUGAAAAGCCACAGGUGUGCACUGUGACAGACUGGCGUCUUCACCUCAGCUCGUGAGGGUUUAUCCAAGAUCCGUAAUCAUCCGAGGGUGAAUGCCUGUCUGCUGCAUGUUUCAGUCUUAGCGAAAAGCAUUUGUUUCUCUGUUACUUCAGAAUAGAGAUGACUGCUUUUUCCACAGCCCUAUGGAAUCUGCAAUCUAUGAUUGCCUUGUAAAAAGAAGAGUGCAUAUGUCACUACAUUAAACAUGUGGUGUUUCUAAAUAUUCCAUGAUAUUGGUGAGCACAAUGUAUUCAUUUAAUGGCAUAGACCAUGUUAGACCUGAUUUGCAAGUAUUGGGUCUUAAACUUCAAGUGCAAUGUAUAUGAAAACCAAUCUGAGCCUUGUAUUCUCCUAAAUAUUUAUUUUUCUUUUUUUUUUUUAACGUAUAAGAUGUUCAAGAGAAGGGUUCUCCAUUCAUUUCAGUGCUGCACGGAGGCAAAACUCAGCAAUAAUUUCUUUGAGUUGUGAAGUUACUUUAUUGUUAUACCAUAUACCCUCCACUGAACCCUAGUACUCUGAAAUACUCCAGUUUUGUGGGUUUAGUAAUUUUAACUUACAAAUUUACCUUUUUAUAGUUUGCAUUUUAAGUGUUUUUGAUUUGUUUUAAGUUCUGUGAAAGUGGCUUGAUUAAAAGACUCCUUUUAAAUACAAGUCACCAGUCAGCAGAAUAGAAACUUGUACUAACUUGGCCUGUGAGUGUUGAUGUAUGUAUUUGGUUUCAUUUAUGUGAUGAUCCUUGUUGGGUUUUUUUUGUUUUAUUUUAUUUUGAGGAAAAUAUCUUGGAGUAAAUUUUAGGUUACUGAAGCUAAUUUGUUUUA